UGUGUUUGUCCAUGUGUGCGCAGCACAAUAACAUUGACUGUAUAACGGACAGGACAUCAACGUAGAAAGUGGGAAUAGCAAAAAAUCACUACAACAUGGCUCAUAACGUACCUCUGGUAGUUCUAACUGUCAUUAAUCCGAUUGUGUAUGCGGUAGCUACUAUAUUCAACUCCCUGUCAGGAGAGACCGGGCAAAAACUAGGGAUAUUUAAGAGCAGCACAGGAUCUAUUUCGGAUAAGUACAAGGUGAACAUUACUCCGGCCGGAUGGAUGUUCAGUAUCUGGGGUGUAAUCUACAUAUGGGAAGCGGUGUGGAUUGUUUAUACUAUUGUCAAUCUGUUCCGGAAAACGGAGAAUGGUCCCCUCUACUGCAAUCCAAUCCUCUUACCAUGGACUUUUUUCGUCACCUUCAUCAUCAACAUGAGCCUCAACCUGUCCUGGAUUCUUCUAUUCGAUAGAGAAGAAAUCAUCAUAGCGUUCCCAGUCCUGUUUUUCAUAGCCUUCACUUUGUAUGUGUGUUUGUUCAUUUCUUAUCGACACCUUGAUAAAAACAUCGAGUUUUUAAGAAAAGAUGGCAGAAACCUCGAUAUCUGGUGCAUCCGAAUCAUGGUUCAGAAUGGACUCAGUGUCUACGCAGCGUGGACAACCAUUGCCACUCUUCUGAACAUGGCGAUGGUAAUGAUCUAUAAAGGAAACCCCGGAGUGGACAAUGAUGACGCAUGCACAGUUGCUCUUUCGAUCUUGGUGGUUGAAGUUUUGGCCUACACUGUUGUAGACAUUGCCUUCCUAGAUCGGUACACCCGCUACACAGUUACACCGUGGUGUGUUGUCCCUCUUGCACUAGGAGCUAGUUUAGCUAAAAACUACAAAGCAGGUUCUAGAAACUCCAUCAUGACAAUUGUCAUGAUCGUCAUUGCUCUGUUGUGUCUCGGUGCUAAAGUUUUCAGCUUGAUUUGGCGUCAUUUCAGAAGUCCCGCAAAAUCCGCGAGAAUAACGGACUCGGACGAGAACCUGAAAAAAUCUGCCGUUGUUUAAUAUUUUUCGGUUAAGGACCUUUUUUUCAGAAAUCCAGUGGGGCAGGUACCCACAAAUUACUGUGUGAAUGAGAGAUUAUCAUUCCCCAUUAGCAAAACAGAGGAAUGAUGUUUGUAAAUUUUGCCAAAUUUGAUCUAUAUUAUGUUGCAAUCAAUAAUAUUUCUAUCCCGACAGUUUUACCAAAUUUUCCUUAUGUUUUCAAAGGUACAUGUACAUAUAAAUUAUUUUCUUUACGAUGGGCAUUAUGAACAAGUGAUAUUGUGAGAUUGACUUUAGAGAGAAUGUGCAUAAUAUUUCAUUUAAGGACCCUCUCUACACUGCACCCUAUUUUCAGGGUACUUUUGUGUAAUUAGACUGACUUACC